AAGAAGCUCUCCUUUUCAAAAACAAUACCCCAUUUCCUUCACCUUCUUCCCUUAUCCCCUCAAAAAACCCUUUCUACUCUUUCCCCAUUUUCCACAAAUCUCUUCCAUCGUUCUUGACCUAAUUCUUUCACCUCCGAAAUGGGGAAGAGGAAGGGUUCAUCGACGCCGGCAGCUUCGAGGGAGAAAUCUAGGGCUUCUUCUUUUUCUUCUUCGGUAGAGAAGAAGUCGAAGCGACAAAGAAUGAAAGUUGAGUCGGUUCCGGCAAAUGCGGAUAGUGAUUUCAUGGAGGAGCCGGACGUGGUGGUUGUGUCGGAUGACGAUGAACGGGAGGAUGGAGGUGAGGUCGAGGGAGAGAGCUUGUCUAUGUCGCCGGCUGAGAGGAAGACAAAAAGGCGCGUUCUUGCGGAAAAUGAGGAGGAAGGUGAUUUUCGGUUUCUUGGUGAGCCUGUUGCUGACAAGGAGGCUCGUUGUCGGUGGCCUCAUCGAUAUGCAGUCAAGCAAAAGAGGAAACAAAAUGCAGUUUUAAAAGACUCAAAAGGUGAGGAUGACUCUGAAGAAUUUAUCGAUGCUAAAAGACACUUCACUCAAGCAGAAGUUGAUGGGCAGAUUUUUAACUUGGAAGAUGAUGCUUAUGUACAGGCUGAAGAAGGCAAAAGAAAUUACAUCUGCAAAAUAGUGGAGAUGUUUGAGGGAACUGAUGGCAUGCCGUAUUUCACUGCUCAGUGGUUUUACAGGGCCGAGGAUACUAUCAUUACAGAAUGUCAUGUCUUUAUAGACGAAAAGCGAGUAUUCUUUUCUGAAGUCAAGAAUGACAAUCCUUUGGACUGUCUGGUUAAGAGACUUAGGAUCGCCCGGCUGCCGCCAAAUAUGGAUUUGGAAUGCAAGGAUGCUGCAAAAUCAAAUUGUGACUAUUAUUAUGACAUGAUGUUCUUACUGCCUCACUGCACGUUUAUGAGCUUGCCGCCUGAGAAUAAUGGAGCUGGAAGUGAUUCUGGCUCUACAAUAUCGAGUGAAGCUGAUGCUGCUGGAGCAGUGGUUAGUGGUGUAGAGGUCUCCCAAGAAGCAAACCACUUGGAGAUGAGGCUACUGGACCUGUAUUCAGGCUGUGGGGCAAUGUCCACUGGACUUUGCCUGGGAGCUAAUAGCACUGGUGUUAAGCUUGUUACCAAAUGGGCAGUUGAUAUAAACAAGUAUGCAUGUGAAAGUCUAAAAUGGAACCAUCCGGAGACUGAGGUACGAAAUGAAUCUGCCGAGAACUUUUUGCUUUUGAUUAAGGAGUGGGAGAGGCUUUGUGUCUCUUAUGCGUUAGUAGAAAGCAAUGUUCUACCACAUCCGUAUGUUAACUCGUCAAAUGAGCAAGUAGAUGAAGUUGGUGGAGAUGAUGAAGAUGACGAUGUUGAUGAUAGUGAUGGUAAUAGUUCUGAAGUUUUUGAAGUCAAAGAGGUAUUGGCUAUGUGCUAUGGGGAUCCAAAAGAGAGUGGUGCUGUUGGACUUUACUGUAAGAUUCGCUGGAAAGGUUAUGGACCAGAUGAUGAAACAUGGGAGCCUAUAGACGGUUUGAGUGAUUGUCAAGAGAAGGUGAAGGAAUUCGUCACUAAAGGUUACAAAAGAAAGAUUUUGCCUUUGCCUGGAAAUGUCGAUGUUAUAUGUGGGGGCCCUCCUUGCCAAGGAAUAAGUGGGUUUAACCGAUUUCGGAAUACAGACCAACCAUUACAAGAUGAAAAAAAUAAGCAGCUUGCCGUCUUCAUGGAUAUUGUGGCUUUUCUAAAGCCUAGAUUUGUGUUGAUGGAAAAUGUUGUUGAUUUGAUUAAGUUUUCCAAAGGGUAUCUUGGGAGGUAUGCUUUUGCUCGGCUUCUUGCUAUGAACUAUCAAGCACGACUUGGAAUGAUGGCUGCUGGUGCUUAUGGUCUCCCACAGUUUAGAAUGCGUGUCUUUAUGUGGGGUGCUGUUCCUAAAGAGAAGUUGCCUCAGUACCCAUUGCCUACCCAUGAUGUCGUUGUGAGAGGGGUUGUUCCCAAGGAAUUUGAGUCCAAUACUGUAGCUUAUGAAGAAGGUUCAAAAGUUGAAUUGGAGAAGGAGCUUUUUCUUGAAGAUGCUAUUUCUGAUCUUCCACCGGUUGAAAAUGACGAGCCACGAGAUGAAAUGCCAUAUGGUGGUGCGUCCAAGACUGAAUUUCAAAACUUCAUCAGAUUGAGGAAAGAUGAAAUGCCAGGUAGUCUAGGCUUUGGAUUAGAAGUAGCUCCACAUUUGCUGUAUGACCAUCGGCCGCUCCAACUAAAUAGGGAUGAUUAUAGUCGGGUGUGUCAGAUUCCCAAGAAGAAGGGUGCAAACUUUAGAGAUUUGCCUGGUGUAAGAGUCCGUGCUGAUAACAAGGUGGAAUGGGAUCCAGAUAUAGAGCGUGUCUAUCUGCCCUCAGGAAAACCUUUGGUACCUGAUUAUGCUAUGACUUUUGUUGGUGGAUCUUCAUGCAAGCCGUUUGGACGAUUGUGGUGGAAUGAGACAGUACCUACAGUUGUCACACGAGCAGAACCUCACAAUCAGACCAUAUUGCAUCCAAAGCAAGACAGAGUCCUUACAAUCCGAGAGAACGCCAGACUCCAAGGAUUUCCUGAUUAUUACAAACUUUUUGGCCCCAUUAAAGAAAGGUACAUUCAAGUUGGCAACGCAGUUGCUGUGCCCGUUGCUCGCGCUUUAGGAUUUUCUUUAGCUUUGGCUUUGAAGGGUUUGUCAGGCGACGAACCAGUACUGCAAUUACCAAAGAGCUUUCCAAAUAAUGUCGAACUUCCUGCAGAAGUGUCUUCAUGAAGGAAGUCAAAUUUGUGUUUUUGUAACCCAUCCAAUACAACACUAAAGUACAUGCCAUUUAUUGGUCACAUUUAUUGGUUAUUUGUCGGAAUUGUUCAUAAUUUGUAUAAUUUGAGUACCAUGUUACUAUUAUUUACUCCAUGAAACAGCAUGUGCUGAAAGUAGUACUGCUGAACUCUUGCUGAUCAACUGAUCCUCACACGUUGUGAUGUAUGAGCUGAACGUGUUGAAAGAGAAGCAUUAUCGUGCGAAGCAAUGUUCUAGUUUCUAUAA